AUGUCACGUCCAGUCGUUAUUUCGGGUCCUAGUGGAACGGGGAAGUCUACAAUGCUCAAGAAAUUGUUCGAUGAGUUCCCCACGACAUUUGGGUUUUCGGUGUCGUCCACGACCCGUCGACCCCGUGAAGGUGAAGUUAACGGGACACACUACAACUUCGUGACCGUGGAGCAGUUUCAACAGAUGAUCCAGGAUGGCAAGUUCAUCGAGUGGGCCCAGUUCUCGGGAAACUACUACGGUACGACCGUGGCAUCGGUCAAAGAGGUCACCAACGCUGGAAAACGCUGCAUUCUAGACAUCGAUAUGCAGGGUGUCCAGGCCGUAAAGAAAACCGACCUGAACGCGCGUUUCUUAUUCGUGGCGCCUCCCUCGAUCGAGAGCCUUCGGGAACGUCUCACAGGCCGUGGCACUGAAACGCCAGAGUCCUUGGAAAAGAGACUUAGCGCUGUCACCGCUGAAAUGGAGUACGCAGAGACCGGAGCCCACGACAAGGUCGUGGUGAACGACGUUCUAGAGGACGCGUACCAGCAGAUGAAGGAGUUCAUCUUUGCAGAAUAA